AUGGAGGACCGAAAUGCCGCAGCGAGAGAUUUCUGCUCCGAAAUGGUCACUGAGUUUUUACUCCUCAACCAGACAAUCGAAACGAACAAUAGUUUGAAUAAAGAAAAGGGACCGAAGCUAGCGUCGCUUAACGUAUAUGGCCAUAGAAACGUAAAUCAAAACAUAAUGCGCAUUGCUGAGCGUGGAAUGAGCGCGCUUGCGCCGGCGCCGCUCCGAAUAAGGUUGCAGGUAGUGUUCGGCCGAAGGCUAAGAUCCAGCGAAGCCGAACUAGACAAAAAUUAA